AUGGAGAUCUAUGCCAAGGCAUAUGACGUUAAAGUAUGGAGAAUCAUCAAAAAAGGGAAUUAUCCCCCGCUAGUUGCCGCUCAACCACUUGCUGAUCCUGAAGAUAUAGAUUCAUAUACAAACGAGCAAAUGGAAGUGGUGCAAGUUAACAAUAAAGCGAGAAACCUGCUUUAUAAUGCCAUAAGUGGUGAAGAGUAUGAGAAAAUCUCUAGCCGUGACACAGCCAAAGAAAUGUGGGACAAGCUUGAAGUUACAUACAAAGGAACCAGCAAGGUAAAGGAAACACAUAUCAACAUAUUGGUUCAUGAUUACGAAAUCUUUUCAAUGAAAGAAGGAGAGUCUAUUGAAGAGAUGUUUGCUAGAUUCAGCAAAAUAAUUAGCGAUCUAAAAGCCUUCGACAAACCAUAUACGAGUAAUGAUCAAGUCAAAAAAAUUCUCAGAAGCCUACCAACUACUUGGCAGACCAAAGUGGUCACACUUGAAUCUCAGGAUCUAAACAAGUUAUCCUAUGAUGAACUACGAGGAGAACUCAUAGCCUUUGAAUAG